GGUGCUAGACUGGUUAGACCUCUUUUCUGGCUUUGAAAACAAUAGUAAAAUCUUAUUCUUCGGGGAGAUUAUGUCAUCAGCAGGAGAGAUUGGAUUCCACUUCUUUGGUUUGGUGAAUAAAGAGUUGUAGAUGCUUGUUUAAGUAGUUAUGGCUACUAAUGGUAAGAGAAACCGCUUUAAAGAUGGGGCUUUUCGCCGAUUUGUAUCUCUAGCUUUAGUUACAGUACUGGGGGUUUUACUGCUGACCAUUCUACUCCGAACAAAUUCAGUUUCUGAAUAUGUGUCGAUAAAUUUUACUGACCAUCAUGAAGACUUGAUACCAAGUUACAAUUAUUCAGAUUAUGGAGCAGUGCUCAAUCUCCCAAAACGGACUGAAUUGUCGAUUCGACUGGAGAAGCUUAACCAGUUGCCUCCAAGGAAUACAGAUCUUUAUCCACGUUUAGCUAAGGAUCAUAUAACCAUAGUUCUAUAUGUUCAUAAUAGGCCCAAAUAUCUUCAAGCAGUUGUAGAAAGCUUGUCAAAGGUUGAGGGGAUAAGUGAGACAUUACUUAUUGUUAGUCAUGAUGGGUAUUUUGAGGAAAUGAACAAGAUUGUUGAAAGUAUCAAAUUUUGCCAAAUGAAACAGAUAUUUGCCCCUUACUCACCCCAUGUCUUUCUGGAUAGCUUUCCUGGUGUUUCUUCUGGUGAUUGCAAGGACAAGGAUGAUGCAACAAAGAAACGUUGUGCAGGAAAUCCUGAUCAAUAUGGAAACCACCGAUCACCAAAGAUAGUGUCAUUGAAGCAUCAUUGGUGGUGGAUGAUGAACACUGUAUGGGAUGGUCUGAAGGAGACGAAGGGGCAGUCAGGUCAUAUUCUUUUCAUAGAGGAGGAUCACUACAUUUUUCCCAAUGCAUAUCGCAACUUGCAGAUGCUCACAGCAUUGAAGCCUCUUAAAUGUCCAGAUUGCUAUGCUGCAAAUUUAGCACCUUCUGAUGUGAAUUCAAGAGGAGAAAAUUUUAAAAGUUUAGUUGCUGAGAGAAUGGGGAAUAUCGGGUAUUCCUUUAAUCGAACUACUUGGAGAAAAAUUCAUAUGAAGGCAAGAGAGUUUUGUUUCUUUGAUGAUUACAAUUGGGAUAUAACAAUGUGGGCAACAGUUUAUCCCUCAUUUGGUGGUCCAGUUUAUACACUACGAGGGCCAAGGGCUAGUGCUGUUCAUUUUGGGAAGUGUGGUUUGCAUCAGGGUCAUGGGGACAAAAAGCCUUGCAUUGACAAGGGUUCAGUAAAUGUUAUUGUAGAAGAUAUUGACAAGGUCGCAAACAUCAAUUCAAAGUGGAAUGUGCAUGUUUAUGAGCAUCAGCCAGGGUAUAAAGCUGGGUUCAAGGGAUGGGGUGGCUGGGGGGAUGAUAGAGAUCACCGGUUGUGCUUGAAAUUCGCUGACAUGUAUCUCUCUGCGAGCGCUGUUUCUACCAUCUGAAGAUUGCAUUUUUGGCAUUUAGGGUGUCACACCAUUGCCACCAUUGAGGUCUUUCUUCUUCUUCUUCUUCUUUUUUUUGAGCUAUUCAAAUGAAGGAUGAGUAGAGUUUUUUAUGUUUGUAGUAGCUUAUGAAUUUUCACGCUGUUUGCCAGCUUUAAUGAAACCAGGUUUUAGUAUUUAUUCUCUUUAA